UAUUCUCCCCCCCCUCCGUUUGCCCCUCGCCCAUGGCACGGGAGGAGGCCCGAGCGGCCGAGGGCGAGGCGUCGGAGGGGCGGCCGCCGUGCGCCGAGGCGGGGCGGGGCGGCGGCGCGGGCGGCGGCGGCGGGCGCGCGGCGGGACCGGCGGAGAGGAGCCACGGCGGCAUCGACGGCCCCGUGCUAUGCGGCCUUCCUCGGCACCUCGACGAGGCCCUCGACGGGCGCGGCGGUGUGCCUCCUGGCCACCGCGCUCGUCCACCCGGCCCAUGGCCGCGCAGUCCGCGGUGCUCCUGAGGUCCGGUGUCGCCCGCGAGGCGCCCGAGGCCCGGCGGUCGCUGCUGCGGUGUUAGGCGGCCAGCGAGCUUGGUCGUCUUAGCCCGACCUAAUCUUAGCUGGCGCAUCGCCGGCGCGCCAAGGCCGAAGGCCUUUCGGGCCCCCAGUGGGCUGCACGAGCCCCCGAUCGCCGAGGCGAUGCGGUGGUAGCGUCUUGCGCGCUUGUGCCUGAUUUCCCCGCGGCCCCCCAAAUACCGCGCACCAGCGGUCACGCUUACCCAGGGUCACUCUUGCAUGUAGCCUUAGCCGAUCCAGGCGUCCGCGGCAAGACUCCGGAUGCUCCGCGCGCCCGACCUCUCAGUGCGGCCGGGGCAGUGCUUGGGUGCAGCGCGGCGGAGGGCGGAGCACGGGGGCGACACAGUGACCUCGGCGCGCGGGAGCGGUCGGCGCGGACAAGAGGACAGGUCGCUCGGACUGCAGCAGGGGGGA